UUCGGUCAGAAGGGUUUUCGCAUCCGAUCGCGACGGCCACCAAUUCAACUACAGGAAGCCUGUUUGGCCUGACGGGUGGUGUUUUCUUUUAUUUCUCUUCUUUCAAAUCACCCAUCAUUGCACCAACACCAGCGUACAGUGCAGUGGUGGUCUGCGGAUCCUUGUGUUGGUAAUAUAGGCAGUGUGUGCAAGUGGUCAUAGUAGAAUCCGUCGGGCUAUUUAAUUUACCCUCCAAACGGCUGGCAUCGUACAAAAAGUGUAGUUUUUUAUCGCCGGAAAUGUGUGAGUGUAGUCGAGCAGUGUAAAUAUGUUUGGUACGUAAAUAAUCCUUCUCUUCGGAGGGCUUUGUGAAUAAUGAGCAGCGUGCAUAAAUGGUUCAAGAUCUGUUUUGGAAUGAUACCGGAAAGGAAGCCUCUGUAAAACAGUCGAUUCGAUUAGCGACGAAACACUGAACAGCGAAUGAACAGUGAACAUCUUAAUAGUUGCAGUGAUGUUGAAGUGAUUUUUCAGAAUGUGCAAUAUCGUAUGAUUUCGUUAACGUAUCUUGUGUCUAAAGUAAAAGAGUAGCAACUACAGUUUUGAUACACUGCUAUGUGUAGUUUAUUGCCUGUGAUGAUUUAAAGCUCACGACACGAAUAAUUAAGCAAACGAUAUCAGCAUCGGCAAACAGCGCACUACCAAUCGAAUCAAUCGUGAUCGAAGUGAUCGUGGGAUUUAAGGGAUUAAGAGCAGUUGAUCGGCAAGCAUAAGAGCGAUCUGCGUUUAGCCAGUGCUGUGUGUUGGAGAAAAAGUACCCAGAUUUAAAUCAAUUGCUACUGGUCAUCGUAUCUUCGUAUUUGCACACCGGAAACCCAGUAAACGGACGAAUGACGAAUGAUUGCGCCAGUCGACAGUCACGGGGCACCAGCUAGUGCCACAAAAGGUGUCUGCUGUAGGCAUCGGAAGGUGUGCCCAACCGAGCGACUCUACAAUCGAGCAGCCAUCGCUCACAGGACAACCCAGGAACAGACCCAAGCAACCAAUCUGCAGCAGACGCUAGAACAGAGGCGGCAGAGUUGAAUUGCAAAACAGACGUGUACAGACGUAAAGACGAUCAGGCGCCGAGCAACGGAAAGCUGAUGGGAACCCUAACAACCUCCUCAACUGCAUCCAGCUUUUCGUUAGUUAAGUCCAAAAUCGGAGGUGCCAGCUAUGAGGAGGAAACGACUGAAACCCGCUCGAUGACGGAGCGAAGCGGCCGAACGGACACCAGUGGUCGUUCGGCGGCCCUCGAGCGAGCCUACGUCCACGACGUGUACGAAAACUGCGAGGAACCGAAUGGACAGAUUCGUCCAAAGGUAGCACAAUUCCUGGGAGGUUUAGAGCCUGGUUCGCUCGUGUGCGAUGUCGGCUGUGGCAACGGACGCUACCUUUCCGGCUUCAAUCCACUCAUCUACACGAUCGGUGUCGAUCGGUGCUACCGCCUGACGCAGGUUGCCCAUGGGAAGGGUGGUGAAGUAGCGAUAUGUGAUAACCUCGAACUGCCAUUUCGUGACGAAUCGUUCGAUGCGGUUCUAUCACUGGCAGUGGUUCAUCAUUUCGCCACCACGGAACGGCGCGUCGGAGCUAUACGCGAGCUGGCACGCAUCUUACGCAUUGGGGGUCGCGUCAUCAUAACCGUGUGGGCACUGGAGCAACGACACCGGCGCUUUGAGUCACAGGACGUACUCGUACCUUGGCAACCACCUCGCUGUAAAACUGGCGGCAUUUCGGACGACGAAGAUGACGACGACUUCUUGCCGCCGUACCACGCGUAUACGGAGGACUCGACUAACUCGAGUCGUUCGGCCGGCGAUGGGGACAGCUCAAGCUUGUCCUCAUCUUCGCCUGGUGAAACAUGCUACAGCUUUGUGCGCCGUGCAAUACAGAAACUCGCAGGCAGUAAACGCAGUCCUUGGUUCCUGGAGUCGUGGAGCUCGCGGGAAACUAAGCAUGACAGCAGCCUCGACUACGAGGACGCGAAGGAUCUGCCCAUCGAGCUCAGGCGCUUGGAAGACUUCGACGACCUGCCGGAACCGCCGCUGUCUGCUGGCCUCAAGAGCCGGAGUUUAGGUAGUAUACUAAAUCCACCACCAAAAACCAUAGUUAGAUCACGUUCAAGUGUACCAAGUUUAGGUGCUCAAAUACCUGAAUCGAAAGCGACCCCCGCCGCGGAACCGACGCCAGUGUCCCGCCGACCAAAGCUUGUGAAACAGAAACAGUCACUAUGCGACGACGUGGACUAUAAGUUUACCGAGUCCUCCGCACAAGCCUAUCGGGAGCACGGGCUGCGCAAUGAGUCGCGCGUCCAGCUACUGCGCAAGCAGAGCUCGCUUAACGAAGAGCUGAUGGCCGAAAGCCGGCUGCGCGAAAAGGAGCGCAUCCGGAAGCGCAUACAGAAGCAAAUCUCGCUGAACGAGAGCUUCCUGUGCCGAUCGCUCUUUACCAAGCGGCUGCAGGUAAUCAAGGAGGGCUUUGCGACCAAGCUUAAAACGUCGACCGGCAGCCUCGAGCGGGUCACUAAGAACGGCUUCGUUAAGAUCAUACAGAACAUCAAGGCGGCAACGCCGGCCGCAUACCACGGUGGACCGACCGGCGGCGGCGGCGGCGGCAGCGGUACCGGUGGUGGCCAUCCGCAUCACCAUCAUCAUCACCAUCAUUACCAUCCCCAUCAUCACCACCCCAACCAUCAUCACCCGCACCAUCUGCAUCACAAUCCGCAUGGGCCACCGAGCGGUCGGCCGCCGUACGGUUACGAUUCGGGCGACUGCACUGCCUGCCCGAGCUGCCUGGCCGGGAUGUAUCCGGAGCACGGUGGGACGGGUCGGUUCGGGGACUCCGGUAGGCACCACCGAUUGUCCCGCAAUAACUCUGCCAGCGGCAGCGGCACCAGCAGCAACAGCAGCAACGGCAAUGGCAUUGGCAGUAACGGCAACGGCGCCAUCGCUCACGAUAAGCUCCUCGCCUCGAUGGGCAGCAGCCAGGACGAAGCGUCCAAACCGAGGCGACAUUCGAGGGAAAGUGGUUCCGACAGUUUUCGUUCUACUUUCAUUAAACGACAACGUUUUGCGGAUUCAUCCAAGGAUAGUAGUCUGCAGAGUGAUACCAGCAUUGAAUCAGAGGAUAGUUUUGCAUCUGUGAUUUACAUUCCUAAACCAGACCAACAACAACAACAACAACAACAGCAGCAGCAGCAACCACAGCAGCAGCAGCAAGUGCAAUCGAACGGCAGCUGCAGUAUGGCAAGCGGAAGUAAUGGUAGUAGUAGUAGUACGUGUAGUGGCGGAAAUGGUGCUAACGGUGUAACGAACAGUGUGGCCGAUUUCUUCAGCCCCGGAGCAGCGAUGAGCUGUAUGCCUUCCUCAUCAGUGCCAACAUCGCCUUUGGUGAUGCCUUGCCCAACACCGGCCCACUCCCCGGCGCCUCCCCGAACCAAAUCCGGUUGUGUAGGGUUUGCUUCCGAUUCGGCAGACGAGCAAAUUCCGUUCAGCUCUGCCUCUACUGCUUCUAACAGCAACCAAUUCACGUUCGAAGAUACGGUUAUACUACCCUGGCAACUUGAACAGCAAGAAACGGCCACUAAGGAACCUCCUGGAAGGAGCAGCACUGGAGCCACCGAACCUUCCGUGUCCGAAACAGCUAUACGCAGUACAUCAGCUGGAACGAAUGCUGCCGACAAUGCAAUCGCUUCGACGACCACUAAAGCGAUACCGAGUAGUUGCGCUAGCAAAACUGAGCCACCCAGGACAGCUAGUAGAAGAAACUCCAGCACUGAGGGCAAACCACAUGUUUCACCUCAGAAGGCAAACUCACAAAAGAUCACACGCCAGCAGAUCAAGGACUUGCCCCCGAUACCCAAAUUUCGCCGCAGCGGCAACUAUCCAAUCCUGCGCCGACAGACCUCGGCAGCCGCCGGCAGUAGUACGGCGGCUCCCGUACCUGUGCCAAAACUUCUCUCGCUUGAGCUGUUUAACCCGGAGACGGACGAUCUGGACAGCGACUCGAGCGAACCAUCAUCGCCGGACUCUAUUGAUAGUGUGAUCAGUGCACUCCGCCCUUCGCUGUCUCCGCUUCCCGCAGGCAAUGCAACCGGAACUGGGCAACAACAACCACAACCCAGUGGGUCAGGCGUUACCGAUGCGGGCAUUUUGAUUCCCGCUGUAGGAGUACCUACUAUUCCGCCACUAUUUGAAGCAGCUGCGGUUGUCGCACACAAGCUGGAAGACGUUGUGGAUAUGGCGAUACCGGAACGCGUCGGAACCGAUGGCAAACCGAUGCGAUUCAAUGGACUGCGCAAUACGACGACCGGCUCAUCCGUACUGUCGCACGCUACCGACGUAGACGACCAUGACUCGCGUCAACAUUUGGUGGAUUUUGCCGAAAAACUAAGCGCGCAACUGCUGAAGGAGCUGGAAAACGAAAAAAAGCGGAAUGAAAGUUUCGAUGAAGAUGACGACGUAUUUGCGGUUGAUUGCAGAAUACGCCCAGGUGGCGCAAUCGAAUCGCCUCCGAUCGUCGACCCCUAUCUUAAGAAGCUCAACGGUGAUCUGCGAGAUCUAAAUCAGCUACGGGCGGAACUUCGCGAGCGGAGAUUAAUGUUAGCAAACCUGUCCAACAUGGGAUCGGGCGGCGGUUUGGGAGGUCAGUUCGGUGGGAGCAACGAUUCGCUCGGCCCGAGCUACGGUUCAUCUAUGGCCCCGAUCAUCCACGAGGAGACGGAUGACGAUGAAGAAUUUAAUGAACUUGAAGAGCGCCGCAUGCACGGGUUGGAAAAUGUAUCGUCAGGCAGUCAACCUUUGGCAGGCUCGAGCGUGCUAAAGGUAGUGUCAAGUUUAAAAUGUAAGAAUCUCGGUGGCAAGACGGUCGACGACUUUGUCAUCAUACCGGAACUGGACGAGGAUGAUCCGGAACUGUCCAACGAUACGACUUUGCUAAUACAGGAAGAAGACAGCUCCGAGGAGCAUCUUCACGCGUCCCUUGAACCAGAGCGUCCCCCCGGAACAGUGUCGGGAGCGAAUGUGGCAACUAGUGGGACAAGCAACACAACAGACAACUGUAGACGACGUAGCAAGGUGUCUAGUUUUAGCAGUGCAAAACAGUUGACGGCACAGAGCCAGGCUGGCGGAAGCUUCCAUCACGGCAGCAGUAGUAACAACAAUAGUGGCAGUGGCAAAGAUGCGACCGAUCCAUGUGGUCGCUGGAACUGUGCUUCAGUUUCUGUCACACCGUCGCUACUCACAACAUUAACAACGACGACGACAACGACGACGACGACGGCAACGAUGCAGGCAACGACGAGCUCACUGAGCUCCGGGCUGACCACAGCGGGAAGCUCAUCCGCAGCACAUGUGCCGCCAGCACCAGCGACCUGUUCGGGUAUACCGAUCUGUGGCGGCGAACGUAAACCAUUAUCAGCAACGAAAAAAUCCUCCAUACCCUCCUUUGAAUCUCACGCCAGUGUUGACUCGUGGGCCCAUUCGACCAGUACCGCGUCGCUGGACAGUCCGUCGAUUGGAGGUUCUGCGACGCACCAUCGAUAUUAUCACGUGUUCCGGGAAGGAGAACUGGACGCGUUGAUCAACCAUCACGUUACCAGUCUACACAUCGUUUCCUCUUACUACGAACGAGCGUCCUGGUGUGUCGUUGCGGAGAAAGUUCACGUAUGGACAAUUUAGGAAUCCGAGCUAGGAACCGUCAAAUGCGACGAUGCGCGAUGGAAAUAUUCUCGCUUGUAUGAUCGACUGUUAGGUCUAAAACUGCUACAAUUCGUUGUGCACUGCUUAUACGGCAACGCAAUUAAUACGUUCUUUUAAUUCCACUACCACAAUAUACGAUGUAUAGUUUCUUCGACGAGCAGUAAGAGACUUUACAUUUGCUCUCAAAUAAUUUGUUUUCCAUACAUCAAGAAUUGCCCUUCUCAAUUUUCAUUUCAAACUGCUACGAACUAUUACAAUUCUCACAUUUUGCGACACUAAGUUAGCAAACUACGAAAAGGCAACGAAAACAAUUCCAACAUCUAAGCUAAUCUGACAAAAAAAAAAACAGGAAGGAACUAGUAAACGAAACACAUACGCUAGAAAACGGUCUACACUUUCCUCGCGCUAAAUAUCAAUGGAAAAAAGUGAGAGAUGAUCCCCGGCCGGGCGCUUCAUUAAUGCGAACCGUGCGUCGCAAGCUAUUGUCGCGAUGAAAGGUACUGUAUUACUUAAAAAUAAUCUCUGUGAUUGAUCUAUAUUGACUUGAAAACAUUAGUAUUAGUAUUAUCAAAACAAAAAAUGGAUAAAUCAUAAUAAAACUACACGUAUCGUAUACUAUGAAGAUAUGUUGAAAAUCAUGUGCAGUGGAGAGUAGAUAUUCAAUUAGCCCCUAUUUUUCUCAGACGCUCCCUCUUAUUUGAGUAACUGACAAACAUGUUACUAAACAAAGCAUGAACACGAUAGCCGUAGCUAAUUCUAAUCGUGUCUGUUAAAUCAUUCAAGUUACAACGUAACUGUUUCACUCUUUUCGAUAAAAAAAAACAAGCAAAAAAAGUAAUUCUAGCAAUGUUAAAUACAAUGCAAACCUUCGACAGUAUCAAACUGUGUAGUUGUUUCGAUCGCAAAGUUUAGUUUUCUCCAAGCCGUUCUGUAUAAAUCAGACCUCAACCAUAUUGCUAGAAAAUUGAUUAUUUUCCUCCAAAAGAAGGUGUAAAAAGCGUACCUUAGGAUAAAUUAUUGUUGUUAAUUGCCAUGGGAAUGAAAAACAUCCAACCUGUGCAGUUUCAAUAAGUUCCUAGUUUUCAAUAAGUGCGUUGCAAUUGCUAACCUUUUUCUCCAAUUUUCUUAUUUUCUCUUACUGACUGUCGCUAACAACCACGCUCUUGCAACGACGCUCUACUCCUAAAAAACUUUUGUUUUUUUUUUUUUAACAUUCAUUGCGAAACAUUUCAGCUCCAUGCUGUUAUUGACACUUAGUUGCUAGAGAGAUCAUAAGCCACACAACUCUUUAAAGCAUCUCUUUGUACAUAGCAGAAAGACAGCAUUGAAUCAGUGUAAGGCGAAAGCAUGGCAAUUUUUAUAGUUUUUCAUUUUUGAUUUAAACUUACUGCCGGUUUUCGACAAAAACAGGCAAAACUAUAGCACAUUCACCGUAUAAAGUAAUUUUAUUUUCAUUCGUCACUUUAUGAACUCUUUUCAUCACUACAUAUUAAGCUAAAUGUUUAAUUUCCUCUCACAAAGCUACCUGCUAGCAAGAACCAGUGAAGGCCUACCAUUUUCUCUUUUAGGCAUAAAAUGAUCGUAGGAAUAGAGAUAGUUCAACACCGUUCCCGCUACACUGUCAGAUAAAAAAAAAACACAACCAUACGAACGAUCACCAUUGAAAGUGUAGAUAUUUUGGAGCUACAGAUACAGGGUGAAUGAAGAUCAUUUCCAUAAAUGUUAUCAUCUCAUUGAGUUGGUUGAUGUUGAACUAGUAAGACAUCAACUUGCGUUAAGGUUAAGCCCAUUAUUUAAGCAAGAACUAAUAUACACAUGCACAUACCUAAGAUGGGAGGUGUUCAUGUCAAUGCAUUUAUGUUACAAAUCGAUCAGUACAACGCGCUCAAAAAUACGGAACCCCUGUUUAGUUCAGCUAAUCUUUUGGGCGUUAUCUAUACUCAUAAAUUGCGCAACGAAACAAUAAACACUCAAAAAAGUAUGAAUAACAAUCAUAUCAAUCAGCCGCCAUACACUAGAAACAGACAGCAUAAAUUUCAAAUACAUUAAAAUAGCAUCAAUAACAAACACUCGCAAAGCCAAAGAAGAAAACAGAUCGAAAUCGGAAGCUUAACAAAUAUCGUCUCAAGCAACAUAGAUGGAAAGAAACGCACAGAGAUAAGAAUAGCUGACCGGGUGCACGGAUGCUAGUAAACACAAUGAUACUACUACUGCUACAAUCUAUCCACGAUACUAGCUCCACGUACUAGUACGCUAGAGUCAGUUCCGAGGGUAGGAAGUAGUACAGCACACACUACAUCAAACCUGCGACAGAAUUCGUUUCAUCUGGAGGAUAAUCAAUACUAUUGCAAGUAUUACAGUUACAAUCAGAAUAUAAUAAUAUGUUACGUCCUGCUACGUUAUUUUUUAAAAAAACCUGGUAAGAUUUAAAACAUGGGCACGAUAAUGUUUCGUUCAAUCGAUGGCCUGUUUCAAAGAAAGAGACCAUCGAUCACAGAAUUCAUGCAGGCAUUUAUUUACUGUAAUAAUACACAAACGAACUAAAAUUUCAAGGCUAUUUAUAGGAAGCGAUAACAAAUAAAAAAGCAGCAAAAGGCGAAUGAAUGUUAUGUACAGGUUGAACUGGCUCGAACUUCGAACAAUAACUAUUACCAUUUUACAAUUACUAUUCCAACGUGAUCAACUGUAACUUUAUAGAUGAUGAAGCAAAAAAGGAAUCUAUAGAUGUUUUUAUGUUUUGUAUAUUUUAUUUGCAUGCAUAUCAAAUCGAACAUACCCCUAAAGUUUUAUAAUUAUUUUUUGAAAGUUUUCUAUGCAUGUGUGUACAAUAAUACAUUUUCUACGACUCUUCUUAUUUCAUUAUUCCAACACGAUAUGCAUUUUCAUGUUGCUAGCUUAGAUACAAAGUUCGUUUUAUUGAUCUGCAAAGUUGAGUUGUAUAUUUAUAUCGGUAAUAGCAAAAAAACAUUCGAACGUACCGCGUUUCCAAUUAGUAAAUGUAUAAAAAGUAUAGAUCAUAAAUUUCGAAACCCUGUAAAUUUUAGCUAAAUGAAACGAAUGAAAGAGAACGAUGAAGGCGUAUCAGAAACGAAAAGCAUCUAAACAGAGACCACAGCAGCAGUUGCAUGAAACAGAAAUAUUUGAAUUAAAGAACAUGUUUUUUUCUUCAUACAAGACAAAAUUAUAAACCUAUGUACGAAACACUUUAUGCAAAACAGGAAAAGCAAACUUUCCAUUGACGGCGUUGUAUGAAUUGGCGAGGUUAAAUUGAUAGACAUACAUUCUUUCUAUUACUAUUAUAAUCUAAAGUUUAACAACAAUCAUUAGAACGAAAAAAAAAUACAGGUAACAAAAAAACAGAACCUAACACAACUCAACCACAGCAACAAAACAAAUAAGCCGCUCAGCUCAGCAUUCUAUUAAAAAAAAAACAAGAACAGAAAAAAACAUGAAAACGAAAAUAAAAAACACUUGUGUUCUUUUGCAAUACCACACAUGCUGUUCUAACACGCUAAUACAAUAAAGUCUUUAGACACGUAGAUCGUUACCGAUAUUCUCCGUAUUUGACAAAAAGCAACAACAACAUCAAAAACUCAUACGUUUCUUUUCUUGUCGGCUAUUUUUAAUUAUUUUUUUUCGCACACUGUUUGUGCGAAACACGCCCUGGAUCGAGCAAACCUUGGCUCGCGCAUAAUUAGUCUAAGAAAACAGUGAAACUAUAACCCCAACUAGGAUUCGAAACUAACGAAUAAAACAACGUCUAUCUUUCCUGUCCGUACAAGCGGCGGGAUUAUUGACGGAAGCAUUGUAGCGAAAACCCUACGGCUAUGAGUAAUGUUAAAUAAUUUAAAACUACUGAUUGAAAACUAGCUAAAGUAAAGUGUAACGAAGGCGGAACAAACAACACGAGAACAUUGUAGAACAGGAACUAUUGCGUGAUUGCGGAAAAGAAUAUAAACGAAAAAGGGGGAAAAAAUAAACAUUACUACGAAAAAUGUCGCCUGUAUAUUCCAACCAUAA